GCCAUCUCCCAUUCUCCAAAACCCCACAAAACAAAUGUUGCAGAGCAGUGUGCUCUUCUUCUUCCCUGCUUGUUCAACUCCAAAUCUCCCUUCACUCUUCUUCACGUCAUCAAUCCCCUCUUACUUGCCCCAUCCCCACUAUCACCGGCAACUAAAACACCCCAAGAGAAAGAAGCAAUUCUUGGGCAGUGUGUCAUCCAGCUAUGAAGUUGGUGGAGGCUACCCUCAUGAAGAAUUUGAUACAGUUUAUAAAACCCAAAACCAACAAGUUCAAGACACCCAAAACUUAGAUUCUGCGCAGUAUGAAGCUUUACUGAAAGGAGGAGACCAAGUCACUUCUGUUCUUCAAGAAAUUAUUACCCUUCUUGAAGAUAUGAACAUGGAUGAGGCAUCUGAGGAGGUGGCUGUUGAAUUAGCUGCACAAGGAGUAAUUGGGAAAAGGGUGGAUGAAAUGGAAUCAGGGUUCAUGAUGGCCUUAGAUUACAUGAUCCAACUUGCUGAGAGGGACCAAGAUGAUAAGCGAAAGUCACUGCUUGAGGUGAUUAAGGAGACCGUGCUAUCACAUCUCACAAAAAAAUGUCCCCCACAUGUUCAAGUGAUUGGACUUCUCUGUAGAACACCCCAAAAAGAAAGCAGACAUGAACUACUACGGCGAGUGGCUGCUGGUGGUGGUGCUUUCAAAAGUGCAAAUGGCACCAAAGUUCAUAUUCCUGGAGCAAAUCUAAAUGAUAUAGCAAACCAGGCUGAUGAUCUACUAGAGACAAUGGAAACUCGGCCGGUUGUCCCAGAUCGAAAACUACUUGCAAGGCUUGUUUUGAUCAGAGAGGAAGCUCGAAAUAUGAUGGGAGGUGGAAUAUUGGAUGAAAGAAAUGACCGUGGUUUUAGUACUCUUCCUGAAUCAGAGGUGAACUUGUUAAUGAAACUUGUAGCUCUGAAGCCUGGGAAAACUGUCCAGGAAAUGAUAAAAAAUGUGAUGCUAGGAAAGGAUGAAGGUGCAGACUUCUCUGACUCUGAUGAAGAAGCUAAUGCUGGUGGAAUGAAAUCCAGCGGAAUUGCAGGAAGGGGCAGUGUUACAGGGAGAAAACCGCUUCCUGUUCGCCCUGGCAUGUUUCUUGAGACUGUCACAAAGGUCUUGGGUGGUAUAUACAAUGGAAAUGUCUCUGGCAUAACAGCACAACAUCUAGAAUGGGUUCAUCAGAAAACACUUCAAGUUCUUCAGGAAAUUGCAUUCUAAUGUUUCUUUCAGUGGCAUGUGCCAGAAGCUGGAUUGCAUCAUAUGCCCAAUUUUUAUCAUUUCUCUAGGGCGAGAGAUGAUUUGGUAAGUAAAGUUUAGUUAUUAGUGCUCCAAACUAUGAAAUAUCUAUGACAGUAGGUCAUUGAGAAAUGGAGCAAUGUUAGAUGUAUCACGUGCGUAUGUUAGAAUGAACUGUUAUUCACUAUUUUGGAUUUUAGUAGUCUUGCCGGCCAAAAGUUGGGGAGGGAUGAUGUUCUCCUUAAGAAUGAAUAUAUCUAACAUGAAUGCAAAAAACUGUCGGUUGAUAUA